UCUGCUGUCAUGGCAACCAGAUGCGUUUCAGAAGAGACCACCCUGGAGGCUGCUCUGGGCGCAAAGAAUUUUGGGAAGCCUGUUUCUCUCAGGUCUGAGCUGCGGAAAGGCAUGAUAGGAAAGUUUUUGAAGGGAGAACCCAAAGUUCUGGGGGUUGUGCAAAUUAUGAUUGCUCUGAUAUCCCUCAGCUUCGGAGCCAUAAUGAAGGAGGCUACAGCUCUAAGUAACAGUAGAUGUAUCUUUUCAUUCUGUACGAGGUAUUCGUUUUGGGGGCCACCGAUGGUGAGUAGCACACCUUCUGACAUCAUUGGUGAGAUCAGAACGUUUUAAUGUCCUUAGCCUGGAUAGGACUGUCUCUCAACUCUUUCAUGUAAUUUUAUAACUUUCAGAAACAUUCUCAGAGUAACUUUGAGAAAACCUUUAUCCAGUUUUCUCCCAGUUAAGUGGCACUGAGCCAUGAAAAACUCACAGAAAGCUCAACUACAGUUACUUAGUAAUAUGAGUUAGGAUAUACUGUAGCAGCAUGUAGCCAUAAACUACAGAAUGACCUCAACCCUGACAAUACCGAUUCCCUACAGUGAGAGGCCCCAUGGCUAAUCAUAUCCAGAGUUGGUUAAUUCAUGGUGUAAGGAUCCCACUGAAAGAUUGCUAGCAGAGGGCAUCUGUUAGGUUAAUGUAUUUCUUUAUUCAUGAAUGUUUUAGGAGCAUACAUUCAAACCAACUAUGGACAAAGUUAAAAGGCUUUCUUUCAGUUGUUUGCACUAAUUAAGAUUAUCUUGCUUGUCUGGGGAAGAAUAUACCCUGUUCUAAGCUAAUGGGAGAUUGAAUGAAAUGAAUGGGUUUUUUUAAGCAAGUUUGAAGAGGCUAAUAUGCAGGAAAAUUAUA